GCAUGAGUGUUAAUGAUAAACAAUAAUUACACCACCAGCAACAAAAAAUUUGUCCUGAUAAUCAUCGUCCUUCUUGUUAUCCCUAUAUCCUUUUUACUUCUAUCAGCACCAUGGAUCUCCCAGACCCGAUUCAAAAGGAAGAAAAUGAGAAACAGGAAGAAUCGGUGACGGCUAUUGCAGGAGAAUUCUUCGGCACCACGACUAUUCAUGGCGUUGGUCGAGUAUUCAAGAAGAGCAACGUGUCCCGGCGAGUGGUGUGGUUCCUGGUGUUUCUGGUCUUCGUGGUGUGGUCCGUCUACCAAAUCGGCCUCGUCAUAAACGACUACAACCGCUUCUCGAAAAAUAUCAACCGGAAGGUCGUCGUUGAAACGAAUGUGAUGUUUCCUGCGGUGACAGUCUGUAACCUAAGUCCGCUCCCCCGCUCUCCUGCACUGGCUGACCAUCCCCUGUGGGCUCCGUUCAUGGAUAUUGUAGACUGUUAUUCUGGGAAAGAUUCUUUGCCAAGAUGUGAAAGCAUAGAGGACGAACGACAUAAAAGGGACGCAAAGACAACGAAAGAAAAUAAAAUAAGCCUAAUACAAACACAAGAGGAGACUGGGAACAGGGAAGCCUCUUCUAGAUUGAGUCGUGUACAGAACGGCUCGAAGACCAAUCGGCGUUGCGGCUCGGGGAAAAAAAUCGACCAAUCAGAGCGUUAA